CCUAUUACACACAUCCUUGAUGUUUGAUGUGCGACCAGUUCCAGAUGAAUGAUGGAGAAUUGUUAAUUAAAAAAACGUUUCAGGUGCGAAGAGAGUAUGCUGUUAACUUCGGUAAACCGCGAAUUGUACGCUCGGACGCUGUUCCUUCUAAACGAAAAUCGUUUCGUUUCGUUGAUCUCCGUACUUUUCUAAACGAUUGAAAGAAACGAAUAUUUUCGCUGAAGGAAAGGGCGGCGUGAAGAUCACGGAAUACGUAUAACAGUAUUUGCAAUAGGAAGCGUUAGCUUCGGUGUUCAAGCAUUUAUUUCCAAGAUUGUGCGAGAAUCGAUUUGGGAGGAAACGUUUUACUUAAAUUCGGAAGCGAGUAUUUCUAUUCCAAAUACCGUUCUACUCGAACUUGUGAUACGUUCUACGGAUAGAGGAACAAAAAGAUUACGUCCGCUUUUCCGUUAAACCUUUGAAAUUCACGUCACGGAUAUAUAUAUCACUAUCGUUUUCCGCGAGGCAUAGCAAUAAUCGAAGUAUAGACGUUCUUAAGGGAUUACUUUACGAUCUUCUUCGUUUGUAUAUAAUGUGUACACAUCUGAGGCACUCGGGUUAACGUGUGUAGAUGAAAUUUUAAUGAUAAACGUUACGACUAGUUUGAGUGAUUAUUACCCGUAUCCGAACGAUCGUUUUUUACAUUGUAAAAAGAAUGUUGUUCUGUUAAAACGAUGCCGCUUACAUCGACGUGCGGGUAAAGAAAAAAAAGAGAACGAAAACAUCGUUUUAGGCGCGUUACGUGUUCUGCGUUCCUUAGCUCGAUUGUCCGUAAACAAAUUUUUUAAACACGAUAAACUGAGAGAACAGCUUUUGACACGGUUAGGACGAACUAAUUGAACUUUGUUUCAUUUAAAGACGUUCUCAGAGCAUCGUUACUCUUAAUGAAUGUGCAACUUGGAAUAUUUUAAGGAAAUGGACAGUUUAGCUAAGUUCGUACUGCAGAAUCUAUGUAUAUAUACGUAAUUACGUAUUUUAUCUAAAUUAAGCUUUUUUUAUUUGUUAAAUUCUUCGAAUCGAGCAACAACAGACAAAACUGAGAAAUAAAAUUAUAAAUACAUGAAACGACCAAUGAAUGAUUAAAAAAUAACUCGGUGAUUUUAAAAGACUAUGAAAUUUAGUUGGUGACAAGAUCCGAAUUAUUUUAACACAUCUUGUCGCGGUUGUUAAGUUUUCUACGCAUAAUAAAAUUUAUCGACGUAAACACUUAUAACGAUGCCGAGAAUUAUGCUAUGAUUUACAAAUCUCUUCUCUUAUGCACAUAACUGAACGUAAAUUGUAUUUGAAAUACUCUCGUAUAGUCGAAAUAGAACAGAGAGCGAACAAUCGUGUAAAACUACCACCGUAAUCUGUGUGUAAAAUAAAUUCGAUCGUAUCGUUUUCCAGAAUUCUGUGAAAUUACAAAACGGCGACACGUGGACAUAUUCUUUACAGUAGUUGCAAUAAAAUAAAGAAAUUUUUAUAAAUACCUGUAUCGAACGUUUUCUAUCUUCCUACACCUUGCGAAUAAAACGUGAAUGUCGUGAAUCGAACUUUUCUUCUGUUAACUUCACUCCGUACUUUAAACGGUUUGUCAUUGGGAGCAACAAUUGAGUCUUGUUGUUAGCCGUUUGUAUUCAAUUGGAUAGACACUGCACAAUGGAAGCGUUAAAUGAUAUUAAUAAUAUCGCCGAAUGCAUAUUAGAAUUGGUGUCGAAUUCUUUAAAUGCGAGCGCCACGUCGAUCGCAAUAAGAGUUCACAGGGGUGAACGUAAAAUUCAAGUAAUAGACAAUGGGAAAGGAAUAUCGAGAUUGCAAUUAAAAUUGAUGGCUGAAUACAACAAAAAACACUUUGAUUCGUCAAAACUACAAAAUCCGAGGAGCAAGACGUCGUUAAUCAAAAUUCGUAGAUUGUCUAACGCUCUGAUGAUUACUUCUAGACAUUACAAGUCUCCCACGACUUACCUGAAGGUUUUCGAAGCAUUCCAAAGUCCAAAGUUUUUUGAAAUCGAAAGGAGACCUUGUCAGGGUACGUCUGUGAUCAUUUGUGGAUUCCAUGAAUUAAGUUUAAAGAAAUGGGACACAUUUUCCGUGUGUUUCUUAAUUCGAAACAUUGCCAUAGCCAAUCCGCAAGUUUCGUUCACCAUCAAAGAUAAUGAGACAAUGGACAUUACCAUGGCAAUCACGAAGCUUCGUAGUCCAACAGUUAUCUUUAAAACAUUAUACAGCAGAGAACUGCAGCAUCACAAGAUAUGGUACAUAAAAUCUACGAACAGAUCUGACAUCAAGUUCCAUGCAUACAUUGGACUAACUAAUAGUACUUCCAUUCAGUACAUUUUCUUAAACAAUAAACUAGUCUCUUGUCCCUUGAUUUUACAAGUGAUAUCAGCUGUUUUCACGAAUUCAUUGAAGUUUAUUGGGAAAGAGCAGAAUUUAGAGAUAUCAUUGAGGAGGAGAAGAAUCUUUAUUUUACUAUUUAUUAUGUGUGAAGCAGAGUACGUUUUCACGAUCGAUGAAAAUCAAAAGAGAAUUUUAAUUUUUCGUAAUAUACAAAACUUUUUACACAGAAUUAAAAAUAAGAUAGUGAGAGUAUUUAUCAAAGGCGCUGCACCACUGUCUGUCAGUCACAGUGCUAAAGAACACAAUAGCAGUGACGCACUAUUGACUGUUGAUCCAAUUCCAUUUAUUACACCAAUUUCAAUAAAAAAUGCCACAUUUUUACCCACUCAUAACUCACAUCACAUUAAGGAACAUAAUGAAGAAUACAAAACGAAUGAAAUAUCAUCGAUCGCAAACUUGACUCAACUGAUUGCACCUAUCGUACAUGAUGAAAAUGUUAAUAAAGAAGACACACUAUUAAGUCUCUCAAACUGGUCUAACUGGUCUUCUGUUAAGAAUUUAAAUAAUAAAACUAAUGGUUUUAAGUUUUACAAGCAGUUCGACUUUUUGCCACGAAAUCUGCAUAAACUAUUACGUGGUAAUAAAAAGUUGGUGAUGACUGAUCUCUUGAAUGAAUACAAUGAAAGUCUAAUGAAAUUAAGAACGAAAUGGGAAAUUCCACCUUUAUUACCCCGUCAAGAAAUUGACAUACGUCCGUGUAAAUAUAUUCAGAAGUAUCGUGAAUUUACAUUAAAGAAAGAAAAUUUGAAAUAUGUAAAAAUAAUAGGACAAAUGAAUAAGGAACUGAUAGUAGGAUUGACCAUUAAAAGCGAUAUGAAGAUGCUUUUAUUAAUGGACCAACAUGCAAUUCACGAAAGAAUAAGAUACGAACAACUGCUUCAGGAGUACAAAUCGCAAUUGAAAAACGAACUACUGUCCAUCAAAUUAAAAGAGCCCAUUGUCAUACAGUUACCUGUACACAGUUCUACUUUACUUUUAUCCAAUCGAUCGGUGUUGAAUAAAUUCGGUAUAAAAUUCAGUAUGACAAGCAGCAAGCACAGUAUAAUAAUACACACAGUACCGGAAUUAUUAGAAAGGAACAAGUAUCAUUCCGACGUAUUGAAGUUGAAGUCAAAAACACAGAAUCUUUUGAACGAAUUACUAGAAAAUAUUGCUAGCUACAAGUGCCCUCAGUUGAACAGCUUACCACUUACCAUUCAGGACGCUAUUGCAUCGGAAGCUUGUCACGGGUCUAUCAAAUUUGGAGCUCCGCUGACGUUGAGAAAAUCCAAAUGGCUUUUGAAAUUAUUAAGCGGGACGAAGAAUCCUACACAAUGCGCGCACGGACGUCCAUCUAUAAUACCUCUAUUGGAUCUAAUAGAUUUGGAGACACGACGCAAGAAAACGGUCCCGGUAUGUAAUAAUAUUUAA